AGAUGAAAGUCAUUUUAAUCAUAACAUUAACGCUAAUUACUUUUUCAAAUACAAAAUGCGAGAAAAAAAACGAAAAUAAAAUGAAUACUGAUGUUUCGACAACAACUACAAUGACAAUGGAAGAAGAGGCUAGGAACAGUGACGUGGAUCUUAUGGGAAUUAUGUUAGAUUGUAAUGACACGUUUCGUGUUGAAAUGCCAUAUUUAGAUACUUUCAAUAAAAGCGGCAGUUUUCCAGACGAAACGGACAGGACACCGAAGUGCUUCGUACGUUGCGUUUUGGAAAAAUCAGAAGUGGCAAUGGAAGAUAAUCAGUUUAACGUGACUCGCACUGCUGAAUUGUUUCAACAAAUCAGAGACAUCCCUCAGGAGGAAAUUCUCGAAAUGGCGACGCCUUGUUCGGACAGAUCCGAAAGUUGUAAGUGCGAACGAUCCUAUCAGUACUUAAAAUGCAUUUUAGAAACAGUCAUAGACAAAUAUGAUACUACUUAAUGUAUUAUUGGAUAUAUUUCAAUUUGACCCAGCUUUGAAGUAAUGGACACCGAGUAUUUUUAUUCUAAGCAACAUAUAUGGAAUAUAAAAUUAAAAAAAAGUGCUAUAAGUAGAAAAAAUAAAUAUCAGUGUGAAAAUAUAAAAGCUCCAGACUUUAGACAAUUUAGUUUUACUUAUAAACGAUUUUUUUUCCUCUCUUUCUGUCAUCGUAGAUUUAUCAU